CCGCGGCGCCAGCAAGCUAGAGAACGAGAUCGCUGCGAGCGAGCGCGGCGAGCACCACCAUGGCGGGGCUCCGGCGCCCGCAGCCCGGCGCCUACCGCCGCACGGCCGCUGCCGUGAACCUUCUGCUGGGCGUCUUCCAGGUCCUGCUGUCCUGCUGCCGUCCGGGAGGGGCUCAGGGACAAGCGUUUGAGCCCUUGCCGAACGUGGUGGAGCUGUGGCAGGCAGAAGAAGGGGAACUCCUGCUGCCCACUCAGGGUGAUUCUGAAGAGGAUUUGGAGGAGCCUUCUCAAGAACAGAGCUUCCCAGAUAAACUGUUUAUUGGAAAAGGCUUACAUUUUCAGCCGUCAGUUCUAGAUUUUGGAGUACAGUUCCUGGGACACCCUGCAGCGAAGCUUCUCCAUGCGUACAACCCCAGUAGGGACAGCGAGGUGGUGGUGAACUCGGUGUUUACAGCUGCUAGACAUUUCCACGUGCCGCCUGUCCACUGCAGGGUGAUUCCAGCAAUGGGGAAAACGUCCUUCAGAAUUAUUUUCUUACCUACUGAAGAAGGAAGCAUUGAAAGCUCUUUAUUUAUUAAUACCUCCUCACACGGAGUCUUUUCCUAUCAUGUAUCUGGAGUGGGCACUCGCAGAGUCUCUACGGGAGGGUCUGCGGAGCAGCUGCCGAACUCAUACUUUCUGCUUCCGCAAGUCCAAAGUAUUCAGCUUUCGCAGACACAGGCAGAGACCACUAAUACCAGCCUCCUGCGGGUGCAACUGGAAUGCAGUUUACAUAAUAAAGUGUGUCAGCAAUUAAAGAGUUGCUAUCUGGGAUCUGAUGACGUAUUACACUGGGAGAUGAACAUCAUUGUAGCAGUGGAAAACUCCUCAAAGCAGCCUGAAGAGAACACUCAAGCGCUGUUAGAUCACCUCUCUAUUGUUUAUGUAGCCACUGAUGAGUCUGAGAGCUCAGAUGAAUCCGCAGUAAAUAUGUAUGUCCUGCAUUCAGGAAACAGCCUCAUCUGGAUACGGGAUAUACAUCAUUUCUCACAGAAAAAUGUCCUGUCUCUGCAGUUUGAACCAGUACUGCUAUCUACGUCCACAACAAACUUCACAAAAAUUGCCUCAUUUACUUGCAAAGCAGGUACCUCUUGUGACAGUGGAAUUGUGGGUUUGAGGAAAAGAAAAGACAGCCCAGCAAUGAAAGCCUGCCUGUCCUCUCCUGUGCUUCAAGGGUAUUUCCGAGUGGAUGCCUCCACAGCCCAGUUUCACAUAGAGAGUCAUGAGACUGCAACAGGAGUGUGGUCAGUAUGGUACCGCAGCCAUUUCGACCAGAGCAUUGUAUUAAAAGAUGUGUUUGUUUCCAAGGAGACCAAGCACAUUUUAAAGGUUCUGAGUUUCCGUGGCCCUCUAUUUCUGCCCCCUGGCUGUUGGAAUAUAUUUUCUCUGAAACUUGCUGUUAAAGGCAUUGUCCUAAACCUGUUCACCAAUGUAUUUCUGACUACUAACACAGGGGCCGUCUUUUCAAUACCUCUGCAGAUUUUCUCGGCCCCAACCAAGGAAGGGAGUCUGGGUUUUGAAGUGCUAGCACAUUGUGGCAUGCAUUAUUUCAUGGGAAAAUCAAAACCAGAAAAUCCUAAUUGGGAAAGAAGUCUUUCUCUGGAUCGGACUACCUGGGACGUGGAUUCUGAACUUGCAAAUAAGCUGUAUGAAAGAUGGAAGAAAUAUAAAAAUGGUGAUGCUUGCAGAAGAAACGUUUUGGGAAUGGCUCAGUUUGCAUUUGCAAAGAAAUCCAAGGAAGCAGAGCUGCUUGUCUCCUUCCUGCCCCGGGUACUCCUGGAUCCUGGCCUUGUGUUGAACUUCAGUGCCACUGCCCUCAGGAGCAGCGUGGUGAAAUACUUUGUGGUGAGGAACCCGUCUCCUCGGCCUGUCUCCCUGCAGUUGCUGCCUCUCUCCCUGUACCCGAGACCUGAAGCCGCAGUGCGCCUGCUGCACAAAUGGUUUGGCACAGAUAUGCAGACGGUUAAUCUCUCAACUGGUGAAUUCCAGCUCACCAAAGCUUGCCCUUACCAGGGUGAGCCUUCUGAGGAGCCCCGUUUGGGCGCUCUUCACGUGCACUUGCAGCCUUUGGAAACGAGGAGGGUUGGUGUCGUGUUCACACCCGCAGACUAUGGGAAAGUCACCUCCCUCAUCCUGAUCAGGAAUAACUUGACUGUCGUGGACAUGGUUGGUGUGGAAGGAUUUGGAGCACAAGAGCUCUUGAAAGUGGGGGGAAGACUUCCUGGUACAGGAGGCUCCCUUCGAUUUAAGGUGCCCGAGUCCACCCUGAUGGAUUGUCAUCGACAACUGAAAGACAGCAAGCAGAUUUUAUCUAUUACAAAGAACUUCAAAGUUGAGAAUAUCGGACCUCUUCCCAUAACUGUGACAUCUUUGAAAAUCAAUGGGUAUGACUGCCAGGGUUAUGGAUUUGAAGUGCUAGAUUGCCAUCCGUUUUCACUGAGCCCGAACACGUCCCGAGACAUCAGCAUCGUGUUUACUCCGGACUUUACUUCUUCCUGGGUCAUUCGUGAGCUGACGCUGGUCACUGCAGCAGACCUAGAGUUCCACUUCACACUCAACGUGACCCUCCCUCACCACAUGCUACCCUUGUGUGCAGAGGUGGUUCCAGGCCCCAGCUGGGAGGAGUCCUUUUGGAGGCUCACUGUCUUCUUUGUCAGUUUGUCCCUGCUCGGUGUAAUUUUAAUAGCCUUCCAACAAGCACAGUACAUUUUGAUGGAAUUCAUGAAAACAAGACAGAGGCAAAAUGGCAGCUCUUCACAGCAGAGCGGUGACCCAGUGGAUAUGAUCAGCUCCCGUUCUCACAAAAGCACUUGCAAGAACUUCCUCGACACAUACAGCCCAUCUGAUAAAGGCAGAGGGAAGAGCUGCCUUCCCGUGAGCCCGCCCCUGAGCAGGCUCCAGAAUGCUGCCAAGAGGAGCCCGGCCACCUAUGGUCAUUCUCAGAAGAAGCAUAAGUGCUCCUUCUACUACAGCAAACAGAAACCCAGUGCGGCUGCGGCCAGCAGUGCCAACGUUACCACUGAGGAGAAGCAGACUGUGACCCUGGCGAGCUCCCCGUCUGCGGCCAAGGAAGACAUUUGCACUAAUGUCCUCAGUGAGAACUGGGUCAGCCUCAGAUACACCAGUGGUGUGAAUGGCAGCUUACAGAAGAAUUUAAGCCUUCCCAAAACUGUACUGAACAAAGAGGAAAGCUCACUGAAAAACACAAUUGUCAAUAAUACUUCUUCAGAAUGUAGUAUGAAGGAGGGAGUACAGACAUGUGUGUUUCCUAAGGAAACUGACAUUAACAGUUCAGAAAAUGUGGCUGAGCUCAAGGAACCAGAGCCCUGUCCACACAAGACUUCUAAGAAGCCACCUGAAAGUACUUUGCCCAAAACCCCACCUCAGUACCCUCAGUCAGACUUGCCAGAAGUUUCCAGGAAACAUGGAAAUAACCAGCAAGUGCCUGUCAAGAAUGAAGUGGACAGCUUUGAAACUGUGAAAGCAGCUGAUACAAAGCUGUCUUCAGGAAAGAAGACGCAGAGGGCAUCUCCAGAGGACACGUGCUCUGAGAAGCAGGACACGCCUUCAGCAGAGCAAGAAGAUCCUUACAGGAAGAGGAAGCUUCAGGAGAAAAGAGAAGGAAGCACACAAACCCUCAAUUGGAAUAAAACUCGAACGUGUAGGAAAAAUAAGAAAAGGGCCUCUGCCCAGGCCUCCAGUUCUCCCAGGCCUUCCGAACAGAGCGAACAGAGGCUUGUCUGCAGUGAUGUCAGAAGCUGGUGUGCACAGGACAGCGCUGGGGAGACUUGUAAAGUUGGCACGGAAAUUGCGGGCAGCUCCCCUGGACGGAGAGAGGAGGACAGUUACUACCUGAAGUCUGAGAAGAAGUGUGCAGACAAGUCUUGCUCGGACUCUAGCUCUGACUGGGGCAGCUCCUCUGGCAGUGUGCGGGCCAGCCGGGGCAGCUGGGGCAGCUGGAGCAGUAGCAGCUCCGACUGCGACAGGAGGCCCGUGGUGGACAUACAGCAGUUCCUGCCACCUGGAGACGGUGCUUCCCCACAGGAUUUCUCUUCAGAAGCUUCUGUCCCCUUGAGCCUCCCACAGCAUGUCUGCAGCUCCAUAGAUGUGAGUGGCCUGUCUGAGUUCACAGAGUCCUCCUGUCCUGGUCUUCCUGCCACACCUGCAGGUGCUGGAGAAGAGAAAGGUCUGUAUCCAGCUGGAGGCCUGUGGCCUUCCCAGCCAGUGUGUCUGACCAGCGGCUUCAGCUGCACAGUGGAGAAUGGUGCCCCGGGGGUGUCGCAGGAGCCCACCUCCAUCCCUGACAGCGGUUUCAUCGAUUGGAGCGCAUCCUGUGAAGGCCAGUUUCCCAGUGUGUACUGCCCUCUGGAGCUGACGGACUACAAUGCCUUUCCAGGAGAAAACAUGAAUUACACCAAUGGCUUCCCCUGCUCCUCGAAAGUUCAGACGGACUUCCUUGGCCACAGCAACCCCUCUACCUGGAGCCCUCCGGCCAGCAUGCCCGCUGCCUGGGGCCACGCCAGUGUCGUCAACUCUCCAUCCUACCUCACAAGCACCCGAAGUUUGUCUCCCAUGUCUGGACUUUUUGGUUCCAUCUGGGCCCCACAAAGUGACGUGUAUGAAAACUGCUGCCCCGUCAGUCCUGCCACAGAGCACUCAACCCACAUGGAAAACCAGGUCAUGUGCAAGGAGUACUACCUGGGCUUCAACCCAUUUCGUGCCUACAUGAACCUGGACAUAUGGACUAGCACAGCAAAUCGCAAUGCCAACUUCCCCCUGUCCAGAGACUCCAGCUACUGCGGGAACGUGUGAGGGACUGAGUUUCGAGCAGUGUGAAUAAAGGGCCUUGUGUUUUGAUUCCUAGCGUAAACUGGUUGUUGCGAUAGAGUACAACAUUGGUGGAUAUUUUGGCACUUUUAUAUAAAAAUAAAUGUUUUGUUUGUUUGUU